AGCAAAGACGCUCAUAAACGAACAUCAAUGUAUUUCUGCUCCGCUACAAUUGUUGUGUUGUUGCUAGACUACUGAUGCCAGAGAAAUAGCCGGAGAAACAACAUCAGAGGAUUUAUGAUAGAAGACUAUUAAAUUAUAUUUCCAUUUCUGCAUCGUUUAUUCCCGAGCAACGGUGUAAUACGAGAGAUUGUAGGUGUCUGAUGUGCUCGUACGAAAUCUAAAAUAAUUGCUUGGGGUAGGCUAUAGCUGCGAGGCUAUUGUUGCUUUCGUGUCGUUUUGAGGACAGGCAUUUGAUUAUGUUUUGAUCUCAAAGUAAGAGGUGUUUAUUUUAUUUGAUAUCUCUACCAAAUGCUUGUUUUCCCCCGCAGCUAUAGCUAAGGCAAACGUGUCAACGUAGCGAAAUGAAGCAUAGGAAAAUGACAAGAACACGCAAGGAGAGGUUCUCCAACUGGCCAAUUUCUCCAAAGAGAGAUUAGUUUAUCAUUUUCUCAUCUGUAUCCAACUUCAACGAUGUCUCUCGUGGCCAGCGAUAUCCCGACGGACGAAGACCUAGAAGAUCUGGUUGAGGAUGGACUUUCUCUUGCGACCUACAUAUCAGACUCUGGAAAGAAAGCCAGGAAAAAGAAGCUGUCUGGUAAACCUCCCCCUUCUCCCAGGUCUCCGUACCUCUCCAGUAUGGAUGUGAACCAGAGGAGAUCAGCGGUGUCAGCUUGGAGGCCCCUGAGAGGAACUCUGGGAGAGAGGGGGGAGGCCCUAGGGGGGAGAGGUGACACUCUGUUGGAGAGGGGUGAGGCGGCUCGGACCCCCAGAGAGAACUGUUUGGCUUCGCUAAGCAACGGGCACGGUUUGUCCCAGUCUCUGAGAGUUGACUUUGACACAACACACACCUCAACCUGUCUCUCCUCUCUCUCCUCUCUCUCCUGUCUCUCCCCUGUCUCUCUAGGUCUGUCCCAGUCUCUGAGAGUUGACUUUGACACAACACACACCUCAGGUUUGUCCCAGUCUCUGAGAGUUGACUUUGACACAACACACACCUCAGCCUGUCUCUCCUCUUCUCCCUGCACUCCAGAGUAUCUCCAACAGGCUCUUGGCAUUAAGAAACCCAAACACCUGCACUCCUCAUCCAAUGACUACAGAGAGAAGGAGGACAUGUACGAUGAGAUCAUCCACCUCAAGAAGAGUCUUCAGGCCCAGAAGUCCGAGAAGGACAGGAUGAAAGCCAAACUACGGCGUCUGGAGGAGGACAAAACUAAGAAAGACAAGCAAAUAGAACAGCUGUUGGAUCCCACCAAGGGAGCGGAGUACACACUGAGUCUGGUGGACAAGAAACACCAGGGGAGCCUGGUUGUUAAUGGACUGAAACAGAGAAUCCUAAAACUGGAACAGCAGUGUAGAGAGAAGGAGAACACUGUGACCAAACUGCAGAGUGAGCUGCAGACCACUAAUCUGGAGGAGUUGAAGAUCACAGUGGAGACCUACUUUGAGGAGAUUCAGAGACUGAGGAUGAUAUUGGAUGCAACAGAGAAAAGCAGUAGAACAGAGAGUAAAGGUUCCCAGAGGAAGCAGAAGGUUCUAAGCUCUACGGUUCUGCGUCUAUCAGAGAACCUUAAACAGCUACAGCAGGAGAACCACACACUGAGAGAGGAACUCAACACAGACAGCCCAGCCAGUGGGCUGAAAGCCUACAAAGACUGGAGCAAACAGAGAGUGUUGAGGAGGCUGGUGGAACUGGAGAGGAGGUUAGAGGAGGGGAGCAGAGCCCCGGCCAGGAGGAGUGGGGUGGACAGACUGGUGCAGACGGACCACCACACACACACACACACACACACACACACACACACACACACACACACACACACACACACACACACACACACACACACACACACACGGUUAGAGGAGGGGAGCAGAGCCCCGGCCAGGAGGAGUGGGGUGGACAGACUGGUGCAGACAGACCACCACCACCCCACACCCACGGAGACAGGGGUUGCUAAGACGCCGGGGAUAACCACCAUAACGACGGAAGGGGGCGUUGCAGUGAUAAACACCCAACAGGAAGGGGAGGGGUUUGUCCGUCUGAAGGGGUGUGUCAGACAACUGGAGCAGGAGAAGGCGGAGCUACAGGAGACGCUGACCGAUAGAGAACAGGAGCUGAGACAACUGAUGGCUGAAACAGAGCAGGAGGAGAAAGAGUCGGAGAGGAGGACGAAUGAACGAAGGCGUGAACAUGAGAAGGAAACACAACUCUACCUACUGGAGAUAGAACAGCUGACCGUGAAGAUACAGUCUCUGGAGGAGGAGAAGAAGAGGUGGACUGAAGAAGAACAGAACCAGGAGAACCGGAAGGAGAACCCAGAAGGGAGGGAGGAGAAGGAAAGAGAGGAGAGGGAAGAACAGAACCAGGAGAACCAGAAGGAGAACCCAGAAGGGAGGGAGGAGAAGGAAAGAGAGGAGAGGGAAGAUCAGAACCAGGAGAAGGAAAGGGCAGCUAGGGUGAUCCAGAGGGAGUGGCUGGAGCACAGAGACAGGGACACAGUGUUGGUCCAGUCAGCAAUAAGAGGACAUCUCCUCAGACAGAGCCAGAUAGCUCACCUCCGAGACACACACACCAGCACUCUCAGCAAGAAUGGCCAAUCACAGCGCGGCAGUGUGCAGGAUGGGGAGCUGGUUGCCGUGACGCUGAUCCAGUCUGUGUUCCGAGGUCACCUGACACGCAGCGCACUAAUGACGGAGAGCUCUGAGUCUCCAGCCUCUCCUCCCUGUGGACCCACACCAUCUCCUAGAAGAGUCCCCUCUGUCCCUUCAACACACACUCCCAGCAACACAGCCCUUCCAGGCAGUGAUGUAGAUGAAGAUGUAACGGAGCUGAGUGAGGAAGAUCCCUGGCCCGUCUCUAACACACUAUCCAACAGGAGGAGACUCACACCAGCCCAACUACAGCUCCACCCACCUCCAGAUUCCAAGGUUGCUAAGGCGAUGGACUCUGAGGAUUCCGACGAUGACAUCAUCGUGUCUCCGUCUCGUCUCGUGGGAAGGAGAGAAGAAAUCUACUUCUAGACCAGAGCAUUGCAUUAUGGGAUAUGAAGUGUGUGUGUGUAGCUGGGUAUGCAGGCUUUUACUCCAGCCCUACACCAGAUUAAAUCAAGGUCCAGAGGACAUGCUGAUAAGUAGAACCAAGUGUGUUUCGGUAGUGCAGGGCUGGAACGAAGUCCUGCACAUGCAGUAGCUCUCCGGGAGGGGAGUGGUUGUUGGUGUCAGGGCUGUAAUGAUAAUGAUGAUAAUCCUGAACAUAUCCAGGAGGGUUACUUGGCCAGCUCUCUGCCCAAUAAAUCUCAGUUCUGAUACAGAUCGUUUUUUAUGUUGCCAAAGUGCCUGAGUGCUGUAUAUAGAUUAUUGAUGGUCAUAAACAAAGUUAUAAAUCAUGGAGUUUAUUGGAGAAUGAGCGACUUUUAAAACAUGUCUAUCACUAUAAACACUGCUGAUUCAAACUGUGAAAUUAUUAUCAUAUUCUACUGCAAUAUGACGCUCAGAGGAGAGUGUGUGUGCGCGCGCGUGAUCGUGCCUUGAGUUGUGUUUAUUAUAAUGGCUGUAAUCCAUGAAAAUAAUGUUUUAUCUGAUUAAAUGAGUAUCUUUCCUUGAAUGGUGAAACACUUCA